GUCAAUCAUCAAGGCAUUUCUACAGUCUUGUUUCCUUGUUACCGCCCUUGGGUUGAGAGAGUAGUGAAGUGGGGUGCGGGAGUCUCUUACAUUUCCGAACAGGAAUAGGAGGAUAAAGGUUUCAAACGCGUGGUGAAAUUCAUUUAAGUGGCUCACUCAAACUGGACGGUGGCUUCUCUGCGACGGGUGGUGUGAAUCAUGGCUCUUCCAUUUAAGAAAGAUCUGGAGAAGUACAAGGACAUUGAUGAGGAUGAGAUUCUGGACAAUCUCUCAGAGGAGGAGCUCAAGCAGCUGCAGUGUGCUCUUGAGGAGAUCGACCCAGAGAAUGCUUUGCUGCCAGCUGGACUCAGACAGAAGGAACAGACCACAAAGGCAGCCACCGGUCCGUUUAACCGUGAUAAACUCAUGCAGUAUCUGGAGAAGGAGGCCAUGGAGUAUAAAGACAGAGAUGAUGUUGUCCCCUUCACCGGAGAGAGGAAAGGAAAGGUGUGGGUGCCCAAACAGAAGCCAACCGAGUUGCAUCAGAUUGAAGUCACAACCCUUGACCCGGAACUGGAAGAGGCACUGUCCAGCGCUACUGACAUUGAACUGGGUGAUCUGGCAGCUAUUCUUGGAGUGAACACACUGGUGACAAGCACACAGAGUUACGAGUACACCGGUAAAGACGGUUAUAACAAUGUUGUUAUAGGAGAGAAAGUAAAGCCAGUUUUUGAUGAGCCACCGAACCCCACAAAUGUGGACGAAACUCUACAGCGGAUAAAAUCUAACGAUUCCUCAUUAACUGAAGUCAAUCUCAACAACAUAAAGAACAUUCCAAUCCCGAAUCUGAAAGAGUUAGCCAAAGCCAUGGAGAGGAACACUCAUGUGAAGAAGUUCAGUCUGGCUGCCACCAGGAGCAAUGACCCUGUCGCCGUGGCGUUCUCAGAUAUGCUGCGAGAGAACAAGACCUUAAAGAGUCUGAAUCUGGAGUCUAAUUUCAUCACUAGUACAGGAGUAAAGGCUCUGGUAGAAGCUCUGCUGGACAAUGACACACUCUCAGAGAUCAAGAUCGACAACCAGCGUCAGCAGCUCGGCACAUCAGCUGAAAUGGAGAUCGCUAAGAUGCUGGAACAGAACACAAGCAUUGUGAAGUUCGGGUACCACUUCACUCAGCAGGGUCCUAGAGCCCGCGCUGCUGCGGCCAUCACAAAAAACAAUGACCUGGUGCGGCAGAGGCGAGUAGAGAGGGACAUGUAGACUAUUCUGUAUCUCUCUCUCUCUCUCUCGAGUAUUGUGCCAAACCCUCUGAGGCUGUUUUACCUGAAGAAGGGACACAACUGGAUAUUUUCCCUAUCUAUUGUUAAUACUCAAUGAUCUUAUUUUGUCAUGUAAUAUUUUUGUUUAUUGUCAUUUGUUUUUACCACUGCAACUUCUUUUUUUCAUUCCGUUUUUGCAAAUGUAAAACCUUUUUUGCUCUUAUCUCUUUAAAAUUUCUUUAAAACAAACUGGUUUAAGACAGUUACACACAUGUGCUAAUGGCUGGACUGGGUCAGAACCUGUCACCCACAUUGACUCUGAACAAAUCUAGACUCAACUUAACUGGAUCUGCGGUGUUCCCUGCUAAAUGUGAGCUUAAUCUAGAUGUGUUGAGUCUGGGUUUGAAGGAACACACACUGAAGUAUCGGCCAGUGAGAGUGUUGCUGAUCGUAAUGGAUGCUCCUUAGAGAAUGUGAUCGACACUUCAAAAACCUUUGAUUUGAGUGUGUAAGAUGAUUGUGUGGCUGUAAUUCUAUCAGCACUGGCUGUUUGUGGAUGUCGUCAGGCAGCUUGAUCUCUUGAGUUAAAUACCGUUCAUGCGCUUUUUCCAGGAAUAGAGGUUUGUUCUAGAACUAUCAGUUUACAAACUCAAACCACAUCACAUCUACAUUAACAUGCACAGCAAAACAUCUUCAUGGUUUCCUGUAAAAAUAUCCAAAACAUUCUUAAAACCAGAUCAGCUUACUUUAAGCAAAAUUAUAUUGUAAUAUUUCCCAAUGGGGUUAGAAAAAUAAACUUGAUUUAAAGGGAAAAUAAGUUAGUUAUUUUUUUACCCUAUUGGCAAAUUUAUUAUUUUUUUUUUUUUACAUUUUAAGCAUAAACCAAAUUGUGUUCGAUUUCCUGAAAACAAGACUUCAUAUUCUGUUUUACAAGUAUUUUUUCUUCUCUCAAUCCUUUUUGGAUGUUUUUACUGAAAAAUAAGUCAAUAAAAAAAAAAAGUGUAGUCCCAUGUUCAGCAACUAAGAAAUUUUCUCACUGCAAAAAUAAUUUUCUAAAUCAGUACAUUAAAAAGAAUUCAGAUUUGCACAUUUCAAUUUCAUAACAAAAUUCCAUCAAAUUGAAUUGAAUCAUUUUUAAUAAAAUAAAAUGUUAAAAACGAAACAUCACACAAUUCAGUUGGAAUUUUGUUAUGAAAGUAAAAUGAGCAAAUCUUAAAAAUAGGCUAAAAAACAUUCAAUGUAGUUUUGUCUUUUUUUUCAGUGAACGAUAUGCAAACAUCCUAAAAACUAGUGAAAUGUAAUUGAGAAGCAAAUUGCAUAAGAUAUUAAAUAUAUAAUAUGUUAAUUAGCUUGAUUUCAGAUCAUAUAGGCCUAUCUUUCAUUUGUUGAAAACAGAAAUCUGGCCAUU